AUGGAGGCAAUUGAAAAUCGGGACCUUUAUCUGUUGAAGCUCCUGAUCGAAAAGAGCGGCGGUUAUGUCGACUUCACCCAAAAAGAUGAGACGGGCAAGACAAUCCUGGAUUUGGCCAGUGCCUCCGGCUGGCCGGAAGGACUGGAAGUCUUGCAACAGAGCUCCAAUUAG